ACGAUCCCUCCCGCAUGCACCCGAAUCUCUGUCUCGGUCGCUUGAUUCAUCAAAUCGAUUGAUUCUAGCCAGAAGGAACUCGGAUCGAUCGAUCGAGCCACGGCUUCUUCAUCCGGAUCGACGACUUUCGUUUUGCUCGAGCUCCGUCGAUAUACACGCGACACCAGCAGAUCUGCUGAAAAUGGCUGAAGCAUCCAAACCAGAAAUGAAAAAGGCUGUAUUCAAGAAGGUUUGUGAGCUCCGUCCACUUGAUACUGGGAUAAGUCUCACAGUGAAGGUUGUUAACACGAAGGUGGUUGCACCAAGGGGUCGACAGAUGCGAGUUGCUGAAUCCUUGGUGGGUGAUGAUACAGCCAUGAUAGUUUUUGUUGCAAGAAAUGAUCAAGUUGACCUGAUGGUAGAAGGCAGUACCUUAACCUUACGAAAUGCAAAGAUUGAAAUGUACAAAGGGUCAAUGAGGCUUGCAGUAGACAGAUGGGGCAGAAUUGAAGUUGAUGAACCUGCCAGUUUUUCCGUGAAGACCGACAACAAUAUAUCGCUGGUUGAAUUUGAAAUGUUGAAUGUUGUGGAAUAGGGAGUUCUUUAUUUAUUUGUCUGGGUAGCUACUUCUCCCUUCAUCGUAUCCAAUGCAUUCUAAACUGAUGGAACUUUCAUCCAAGUGGAUGUGGUGGCUUUUUGCAUCAGAAUUCAAUGUAAUGUGCCUGUUUGGGCCUGAUCUUUUACCAACUUCUUAGCCUAGAUGUGAGGCUUUUUGUAUUCAUUAUACAAUAAUAUCCCAUGAAGUCACAAGGUUCUUGCAAUCUUAUCAUGUUCCAAA